AUGCCUCCAGGAUGCACCCCGGGCACCCGCAGGAUGCCUCCAGGAUGCCCCCAGGAUGCACCCCGGGAGCCCCCAGGAUGCUCCUCGGAUGCCUCCAGGAUGCCCCCAGGAUGCACCACGGGCGCCCCCACGAUGCACCCAGGAUGCUCCCCGGAGGCCUCCAGGAUGCCCCCCGCCGCGCUGAGCGGAAGCGGCAGCCAACAGGACCGCCCGCGGAGGCCGCAGCCCCCAGCCGCGUCCCGCCGCAGGACCGCCGAGGUUCCCCCCGCCUCGGGGCAGAGCGGAGGACCCGCCGGCGACCCGGCGUCGCGGGGAAGCCGUGCAGGCCGGGGGAUCCCGCGGCAGCCCCGCGGCGAGGCCGGCCCCCGGCGCGGGCCUGCCCGGCCUACACAAGCCUGCCCGCCUCCCGCGCUCCCAGCCUCCGCCACCAUCCGUCCUCAUCCCUUUCGAGUCGCCCUUUCGCCGCGGGCGAGACCCCGGCCUCCGUUUGGCGGCCAGCCCGCCGCGCCGGGGCCUCUCCCGGGAAAAGCCUGCCCUUACCGGGGGGGGGAGGGGGAGGGAGGGCGGUGGAGGACUCCGGCGAGCACGAGAACCGCGCCGCAGCCGCCGCGCGCCGCGCAGUCGCCUCAGCUCCACCUGCCGCUGCCAACGGGACACCACCACUCCCGGCAUGCCCGGCGCACGCAGCGCGUCUCCCGCCGGGGCACGUGA